GCAGGGGGCUGUCGCGGUUUUCCAAUCAGGCGGAAACAGUAGAAGAAGACUUUUCUGAGUGAAGCUAUUGAAUGAACUCUUAAAAAAAAUAGUAAUCGCUGGUUUAAAAUCACAAAUUAUUUUUACCAUUUGUUAUAAGUUUUGCAUUUUGGAGUCAUAAUGUCCGGGAUACCUCCAGAUACGUGGCAGCCGUCCACCGUCGCUGUGGAAACCACGAUGGGGACUCUUGUCGUGGAGCUGUACUGGAACCAUGCUCCGAAAACAUGCAAGAACUUUGCAGAACUCGCCAGGAGAGGAUACUACAACGACACCAGGUUUCAUCGGAUAAUUAAAGACUUCAUGGUCCAGGGUGGAGAUCCUACCGGAACAGGUCGAGGAGGCGCGUCCAUAUUUGGUAAACAGUUUGAAGAUGAGCUUCAUCCAGAGCUGAAGUUCACAGGUGCUGGGAUUCUAGCGAUGGCUAACGCUGGACCAGACACCAACGGGAGUCAGUUCUUCCUCACGCUGGCGCCCACGCAGUGGUUGGAUGGGAAGCACACUAUCUUUGGCCGAGUGUGUCAGGGCAUCGGAGUGCUGAACCGCAUCGGGAUGGUGGAGACAGACAGUCAAGACCGUCCCACUGAUGACAUUAGGAUUCUUCGAACAACUUUGCCAAAUUAGACCCUUUUUUUGCAUCAUUUUUUUAUGUAUCAUCAAUAUUUUUUUAAUAAAUGUCUGAUAAAUGUCUAAAUGUGACGAGUUGAGGUUUUUAACUUCGUGAUAACAAUAAUAAAAAUACAGUCAAGCCUUAAAA